UGAUAAAGUGGGUGAUUUGCAGAAAUAUUUUAUCCCGGAGGUAUCUCGCAGCGCAAAAGUGGAGGCGUAGUACUUCCAUGGCUCGGCGCGCCGCUCCCCCGUAAGUCCACUCUCCUCGCUGGGCACGAGACCACUUUCCCACCAACGUCUUCACUUCCAAUUGCACUGUUCUCUGCCGCAAACCAACACUCUUGCUCUACGAUUCUAGAAUAUACUCUCGUUUGCCUCCCUAUUUCUGUUACCGCAUCUACCCCUCGUUAUAGAUAUAGAACUUUCCGAAUGGGUUCUAGAAACGUGCCAGACAAAGGACAUGCCUCUCUGCGCUACAUCCCAUUAUCAUACAAUCAAGCUGAUUCUCAAGCCUCAGCGCUGAGGCUUGUGCUGACGCUGAACCCGCACUGGGAACACUCCGAAGGAAACAUUGAAUUUAUUAGAUUUACGGAUGGAAUAACCAAUACCCUACUGAAAAUUAUAAAAAGAGUACCAGGCCUCUCAGAUGAACAGAUCGACAACGAUGCAGUCUUGAUGAGAGCCUAUGGAAACAACACUGAAAUACUAAUCGACCGCGACCGAGAAACCAGAUCACAUGCCCUGCUUGCUGAACGGGGUCUCGCCCCGCCGCUCCUUGCCAGGUUUAAAAAUGGCCUCCUCUACCGCUUCAUUCGUGGGAAGGUAACUUCGCCCGAUGACCUGAACAAUCCGCGCGUUUUUAGUGCAAUCGCGCGACGACUUGCUCAAUGGCAUGCGGUACUACCAAUCGACGAAGAACCCUCUACGACCUCGACCCAAGGAAAGCAAGAAGAGACGAAUUCUAUGACUGGCCCCACCACCCGUACCUCCACAACCUCAACGGAGGUGGAUGAUAUAACACCCGUAAAGACUCGGCAUGUAGGAACUAGUCUCUGGACUGUUUUGCAGAAAUGGAUUCUUGCCUUACCUGUAACUACAGAGCAAGAACGCUCGAGGCGGAAGAAUCUUCAAAAAGAAUUUGAGAGAAUAGUUGUGGAGUUUGAUAAGGAAGAGGGAUUUGGGAAGGGUGGGCUUGUAUUUGCCCAUUGCGACCUUUUGAGCGCCAAUGUCAUCAUUCUACCAAAGGAUCCGGGUUCGACUCCUGCUGAUGCAACUGGAGAUGAAACUGUGAGCUUCAUCGACUAUGAAUAUGCAACACCAUCACCAGCAGCAUUUGAUAUCGCAAACCAUUUUGCGGAAUGGGCUGGUUACGAUUGCGAUUUCAGCAAGAUACCGACGCAGCCUGUUCGGCGGGAAUUCCUCACUGAAUACGUCAAGAGCUAUGCUGAAUAUUCUGGCUUGAAUGGAGCUAAUCAGAAAGACCUUGUUGAGAAAUUGUUUGAGGAGGUUGAUCGAUACCGUGGAAUUCCAGGCUUCUAUUGGGGCGUAUGGGCGCUGAUCCAGGCGACGAUUUCCCAGAUCGACUUCGACUAUGCUUCUUAUGCUGAGCUACGUCUGAGUGAAUAUUGGGCUUGGCGUCACGAGGUUGAUGGAAGCCGUGCUCGAGCAGGAGAAGUCAUGCCCCUGCGAGAGCGACGGUGGGCACAAGAGGCAUAGAUGCGCUCAUUUAUCAAUUAAGUGACUUGUCUACGGUCUCGCUUUAUUAACCAAGAAAUUUCACCAGCAUGUCACUUUCUCGUCUUUACUUGUUUUGACUUUUGACUUCCUGCUAAGAGCGUGUUGGGACUCUUCUCAUGAGAUUCGUUUUUUUAGAGCGUUUUCAUUCAUUUCCAAUCGCGCCUUCUAUGGCGUCAUGAACCCUCUGAUUUCGUGCUGACUAUGUUUUACAUCUCGCGACCGUUUCAACAACAACACGAUUCGCCCGAAGCUUGUAUACGCGAAAACUAUGAACGAUGAUUUCAUGAAACGGGUUCCAAAUACACGAAGAGAGUUUAAAUCCAGGAACAGGCGCCAUUAGGUCAGAGAACUAAUGAUGAUAGUGUUUGUCUUCAACGACCAAGUCAACAACCAAAGAUAUGACUUCGUUUUCUUACUCCUUGGUUCUGUUUUUUCCGUUUAAAUUAGAUCAGUACAAGAAUAUCAAUUUUUCCCCUUCUGUUGAACAAUUGCGUCAUUGGCUGUGUCAGGAUGCUUUGCCGGUUUGGAGGGAUUUAGAAGGGGGUAAAUGGAUGUGUGGAAAUAAAUUUUAUUUAACCUCUUCCAUGCGAUCUACAUUGCAGCAAACGUUAUCAACAUACAUGCCAAGAGACAUCUACCUUCAACCCAAGAUAACGAACUAACUUUCUCCAGGACUCGGCCCCUCUCCUCGCGUGCGCUGCUGGAAUAUCCGGCUUUGGGUCCGCAGUCGACCUCGAGAAGAGUUCUAGCGAGAUCCAACCCUCGAAUCCAAGGUCAAAGAAAGCCCGAGCAAUAGCUAGGAUGGGAAGAUACCCACCCCUAUCCUCCUCGAACGCAAACAGCCUCGCAUUCCGCGACCAAGACAUCCGGCUCGGCUGUCCCGAAACAUGCCAUUCAUGCCCUUUAACCAACGGCCUCUCCAACCUCUCCCCAUCGACAACCUGUAUAUAAAAUACCUUCCGCACAUCAAUAGUAGCCACCAAGCGCGCCAACGAGGCUCUCAAAUUCGCAUCCGCAUUAACCAUCUUCCCAUCCCUCACUGCCGGAUCCGCAUACACCCUUCCAGCCAAAUUAAACGUAUCCAAACAAAUGCCAAAAUUCGCCCUAUCAACCCUCUGCACCACCUCCCAGCACGCUUCCCAGGUACCUACAUGCGUGCUCCACGCAAGAGCCUCAUACGCGAACCGAACGGGCGGGUCCUCCCGCAACCCCCCGCUCCGCCACCUCCCUCAAAUCGCUAACAAUAACAUCCAAAUCCCCCGUCGUCCGCGCCUUGCCAGUGCCUGGGUCCGGACCCAGGAAAUUCGCCGGGAUCUGAAUCAUAUCCGUGCGCAGUAUUUUCACCAGCUGGAACCACAGCGCUAAUUUCCCAUUGAGCAGCCGAUGGUGCUCCGCGCGGUCCAGCAGGCCCUCGUAGAAGAGAAAUGGCUGCAGGGUGACGAUUUGCAGGUUGUGUUUGUCGCAGAGCUGGCGGAUUUCUUGGGCUGCGGUGAGCUGGUUGGAGUGGGUGAGGCCGUCUGUGAGUGCCUGGGCGUGGGAUUCGAGGUCUUCGUAGAACAGCUCUAUGCCCUUGAAGCCGUGGCGGGAGGCUUGGGAGAGUUUUAUGGGGAGGUCAUGGGCACAGGCGCGGCCGAGGGACAUGGAUGGGAUGCAGGGUCGGUUUGGAAUUUUCCUUUUGUGGAGUGAUAGCUGAGUUCAUCUGCUCUUCGUUUUGCUCGUAGAGGUUUGUCAUGUUCUUAUUUAAUCUGGAUGUUCUUGUCGAAGUGAGUCCAUCCCCAUUUAUAUAUUGCCUCCGUUCUCAUUCCGUCUUUUCUAUAUGUGUAGGUUGUUCCCUCUUUUUUUCAAUUUUUCAAUUUUUGAGCCUUGACCUAAGAACCUUGUUGUCCUCCGCCCUUCUUCGCAUUCAUGUUCACUCCUGCCGUUGUCUUGAAAUCGAAUCGCGCGACGGUUCCUCUGACGAACCGAUUGUGCACCUCACGCGCGCCAGAACAUGGAAUAGGCACGCAAAACUGUACAUAGUAGAAAAACCCUAGAUUGAGAUGAAAGUCAAAUUACCUCUGAUAAUAUCAAUCCAACCUAUAUGCCUAGAGGCUCAUCUUCAAUUACAUCCUUCUGAAAGGCUGAAAAGGAGAAAGGAUUGUCUUCGCAUCCCCGAGAAAAUAAGGGCUGGGCGGAAGACUUGAACGGCCACUUUUGGUGUACUCUCACCAUCCAAUAGUAUUUACCUAAUUACUUGCCUGUUCUUUGUUAACUCAACUCCCC